CGCGUGCGUUGUUGCCGUGGGGCAUUGUGGGAGUUGUAGGCGGUGCGGCACGGGCCUGGCCAGAGCAGGCGCUGUAAAUCCUGGAUCCUCCAUUCCCAUGGCUGGGCGCCGAGGAGCUGCCUGCUGAUUCCAGGGCGUGCUGAUGCUGUUCUGCCAGGAGAGAGAUGGGGAAAAGGUACUUCUGUGACUACUGUGACAGGUCCUUCCAGGACAACCUGCACAACAGGAAGAAACACCUCAAUGGAGUGCAGCAUCUCCGGGCUAAGAGACUCUGGUACGACUUAUUCCGAGAUGCUGCUGCUAUCCUGCAGGAAGAGCAAACCAAGAAACCUUGUCGGAAGUUUCUGCAAACAGGACAGUGUGAUUUUGGGUCCAACUGCAGAUUUUCUCACAUGACAGAGCAGGACCUGGAGAAGCUGAGUGCCCAGGUUCAAGGGGAGAAGAGGCUGAAGGAGCUGCAGAGGGAGGGAGCAAAUAUCCCACCUGGCACUAUUGAGGACUGGCUGGACAAGAGAGCCCAGAGGAUGAGUGCAGCUCAGAGUAACAGUGCUCUUCCUGAGAAACCAGCACCAUUUCAGUACCCUCCAGGCUGGCCACCAGUGCAGGAGCUGCCCCCAUCCCUGCAGGCCCCCCCACCUGGGGGGUGGCUGGUGCCCCCCAACCUGCAGUGGGGCUGAGGCACUGCACCCCCAGAGCCCGGCUAGGACUGGCUGUCUCUGCUCCAGGAAAGGGAUGGCAUUAUUUAUACACACUUUUAUUUCAAUAAACUCUCCUCCUGCCUGUUGCAGCCUCUGUGUGUCA